AUGGUAUGCCUGCCACAUCUGUUCCUGGUCCUCGUCCUCCACCACCUGUGCCUCCGGCCUGUGUAUGCCGAUGUACCAUCUUUAAAUUCAUCUCCUGAUAAUGCUUAUACUGGUGGCUCUUUUGUUGGAAUAGAAAGUCCUGAAGAAACAUUGAGUAGGAUUGCUCAUGGAAGAGUCCGUGGCCACGAAAAUGCAGCAACUACAAGUGGUGGUGGCAACUACUCUCCACCGAUUGACGAGUUUCCAUUUUUCUGA